GGGGCGGGGACAGGGGGCGGAGCCGAGCCGGCUCCGUGCCGCUCUGCACGCGCCGCAGCCGACGCCUGCUCGCGCGCCGCACGUAGGCGCCGCUUAAAGAGGCAACGCGGCGGGGCAGCCGCGGCCGGGCGAGCUGCGGCUCGCGGGCCCCAGCGGGCGGAGCCAGCGCCCCUUUAAGAGACCGGCUCCCGGUGCCGGUGGUUUUAUUUACAUGGGGGCUCGCGGGCGUCACGUGACUGUCAGCGGCGGGGGCUGCGCGCGGAGCAGCCGCGGGGCCAUGGCGGGAGCCGGCGACGACGGCUCCUGGGUGGAGCUGCGCUGUGGCCCAGGCUGCCCGGAGCCCGAGCCGGCGCCUUCGCCGUUCUCCUGCCACGCCGACGUGGAGCGGAUGCUGCUGGAGGCCCAGCUGGAGACAGAGAGCAGUGACGGGGCCCUGCUCGUGCUGGGCUCCCCGGCCUGGGAUGACGACGGAGCCAGCCACGGCAGUGACCAGCCAGGGGAGAGCGAGGUGCUGCCUGCCCACAGCCAGCCCCAGCCGGGCUGCCCCCACCCCCGGCAGAGGGAUGUGCCACAGGAAGCCAAGUGGAGGCAGCGACGCCUGAGAGCGUCCCUGGGCUGGGCCUGUACCCGCUGCCCUCGGUACCUGUCCCCAGAGGAAUUUGCCUUUGUGUGCUCCCCCCAGCCAGUGCUGUGGAGCCUGCAGGGAGGUGCAGUGGGGAGGAAGAAGAGACUGUUCAGUUCAGAGCUGCUGCUGCUCUUCAUCCCCUCGCUCCUGCUCAGCCACCUCCUGACUCUGGGGCUGGGGAUCUACAUUGGGAAGCGCCUGGCAGCCUCCUCAGCCAGCCCUCUGUGAGGAGCUGGGCAGGCAGCACCUUCUGCUCCGCUGGGAAUGCAGGGAGAGCCCAGCCCCGUGUUUGUCUCUCAGCCCUGCCUCGGGAGCUGAUCCCACAUCCCCGUAGAACAGAACCCCCUGAUGGCAGCUCCCAGCUGCAGGCAGCCCCUGCCCUCCCCAGCCCCUGGUUACGGGUCCAGCUCCCCCUGUAACAGACUGUAAAUACAACUGAGCCCACCUG